AGUUUGAGUACACAAACGCAACAAAACAAGAAUUAAAUAGCAUUGCAAAAUGCCCACAUUUAGCUCUUUGGCUUUUCUAGUAUUGAUUUUUGUUGGAAUUUUAGGUUCUAGCCAUGGCCAAUUGCAGCUCAAUUUCUAUAGCAAGAGCUGCCUAAAAGCAGAGAAGAUGAUUCAAGACUAUGUCCAAAAGCACAUUCCAAAAGCUCCAUCUCUAGCAGCUGCCUUACUCAGAAUGCAUUUCCAUGAUUGCUUUGUUAGGGGAUGUGAUGCUUCUGUGCUCCUAAAUUCCACUAAGAGUACAGGAAAUCAGACAGAAAAAGUGGCAAUCCCAAAUCAAACAUUGAGAGGAUUUUCCUUCAUAGAUGGUGUGAAGAAAAUAGUAGAAGCAGAAUGCCCAGGAGUUGUCUCUUGUGCUGAUAUUGUUGCCUUGGUUGCUAGAAACUGUGGUACUCACUUUGGAGGUCCAUAUUGGAAUGUGCCAACUGGUAGAAGAGAUGGAAGAAUAUCAAAUUCCUCGGAAGCCUUAGCAGAUAUUCCAGCUCCAACUAGUAACUUCACUAGACUCCAGUCCUCUUUUGCCAAGAAGGGUCUUGAUCUAAAGGACUUAGUCCUAUUGUCAGCCAAUCUAAAGUCCAAGAAAUGCAAAUCCGUCAAUGAUAAUACAACAAUAGUUGAGAUGGAUCCCGGUAGUUUCAGGACAUUUGACCUUAGUUACUACAAGCUCUUGCUCAAAAGGAGAGGUCUUUUCCAAUCUGAUGCUGCCUUAUUAACAACUUCUACGACAAAGUCGUUUAUCGAUCAACUAGUACAAGGAUCACUCAAAGAGUUCUAUACUGAAUUUGCCAAGGCCAUGGAGAAAAUGGGCAAAAUUGAAGUUAAGACUGGUUCUAAUGGUGAAAUUAGGAAGCAAUGUGCAGUUGUGAAUUAAUAGUUGAAAGGACUUUUUUUUCCUUUUGUACCACUUUUCUAUGGUUUUGUGUUUAUGUCUAUUGUGUGAAUGUGUUUGAGGUACAUAUAUGUAUCAAGUUUUUAUUUCCUUUUUAAAAUUUGUAUCUAUCCUAGUAUUUUGUAACUUGAUUGUUAUCCGUUGUUAUUUUGAUAAUAAAACUGAGAUGCAUAAGUAAUCUUUCCCAAGCCGA